GUUGACAACAUUGAUAACUAUAUAUCGUACGCAAAAGUAGAUAAAAGAAACAUAAAUGUAGGUUCUCUGCGAUCCUACAUAAAACAUAAUGUACCGUUGCAUAGUCCUCACGAUUUUGCUGGCAGUCAUCGCAUCGAUCGAUGCGAGGCGGUUCCGAUGCGACUAUGAAUAUUUUCCUAAAGCUGGAGGCUACCUGAAGCUGCACAGGAUCCCCGCGAAUUGGAGGGAAGCUCGGCUAAGAUGUCACCUUGAAGGAGCGAAAAUUGCAUCACCUCUAUAUGAUGAGCUGAAGACUGCCAUGGUGUCAAUGAUGCAUGUAACUCCCAAUCUCAAAUCUGGGGUAUUUCUGGGCAUCCAUGCAACAUUCUCUAGAGGAGAUUUUUUAUCUGUGGAAGGAGUACCUCUCUCUCAAAUUCCUCACACUUGGUUGGGUGGUGAGCCCAACAACUAUAAUAACAAAGAGAGCUGUCUUCUCAUGACACAGAACGGGGAAUUCGCUGAUGUGAACUGCGAGAAUACAUAUCCCUAUUUCUGCUACAAGAAAAUUUCUGAUUCGCUUGUUGAGAACGAGUGCGGUUCGACAGAUCCUGAGUACGUAUUGGAUAGUCGUACAGGCAGCUGCUACAAGUUUCACACGGUUCCACGAACCUGGUCUAGAGCCUACAUGGCCUGUGCUGCAGAAGGAGGGUACCUGGCUAUCAUGAACAGUGAUACUGAAGCUCAGGUGGCAAAAGAAAUAUUCGCUAAAUACCCCGAUAAUAAGAUUCUGGGUAACUUCCCGAAGGAUGUAGCUUUCGUCGGCUUCCACGACUGGGGAGAGCACGGCGAAUGGCUCACGAUCAAUAGUCAAACCCUCCAGGAAGCCGGUUACAGCAACUUCGCGGAUGGAGAACCCAAUAAUGCCACCACAGGAGAAUUUUGUGGAGCUAUCUACAGGAAUGGCAGGUUCAAUGAUCUGUUGUGUGAGAACCGAUAUGUUUUCCUCUGUGAGAAGGACCCUGAAAGCUUUAUGUGCGAACAAGAGGAAGAGGAACAAAUUAUCGAUCAGAAUAUGCACCGUGUUUAAUUAUAAUGAAUGAAAUUGACAAAAAUCUUUUUCAUAUUUGGGUUCACAAUUAUUGCCGUAACAAUUUCAAGUGAGGAUUGAAAGAUCUUGUAAAAUUUAAUGAUGUAAAAUAAACCGCUUUUAAAAUAAAAUUUGACCGAUUCGA